GUGGCGGAGGCAGCCGCGGAGAGCCGGCCCCGGGAGCCAGGGAGGGGUGACUGCGAGCGUGCGCCUCCUCCCGCGCUUCCCGCCCCUCUUCUCUCUCUCUCUCUCUCUCUCUCUCUCUCUCUCUCUCUUCCUCUCUCUCCUCUCUCUCCUCUCCAGUCGUUUUGUGAAAAUUUCCAUUACCCCCCAACCACCACCCCAUACCCCAACUCUCCACCUCCCCUCCCCACUGUCACCCCCCCCACCCCUUCCCAUUUGCUUGCACUUCGCCAAACGUGCACCCGCGCGGCUCCCGGAGGAGCCCAGAGUCCCGGCUCCCGCGCGGCCGGAGCACCUGAGUCCAGCGGGCGGCGGAGGCGGCGCGGGCAGCGCAGGCGGCGCGGGCGGCGGCAGCCCCGGGAGCCCCGGGAGCCCGGGGAGCCGCAGCCCCGGAGCGCGGGCCCCGCCGGAGGGAGUCCCCGUGGCAGCGGCCGCCCGCCGCCAAAAUGUCCCGGCGCAAGCAGAGCAAACCCCGGCAGAUCAAACGGACACAGAAUUUCUUCCAGGACAUGCUGUCCCUUGCCUUGAAACCAUAUAUCAACCUUUGUGGAAGGUGGAGUAAUGACAUCCAGCUCCUGCUUCUGUGAUACUUACAGAGAGAUGGAAGAAACAGGGCCAUUAGAAGAUGCCAUUGAAGAGGAAGAAGAGUGUCCAUCAGAGGAAACAGAUCUCAUCUCAAAGGGGGACUUUACAUUGGAGGAAAGCUUUCCCACAGAAUUUGGGCCUGAGAAUCUAAGCUGUGAAGAAGUGGAAUACUUUUGUAACAAAGGUGAUGAUGAAGGAGUCCAAGAAACAGCAGAAUCAGAUGGGGACACACAGCCAGAGAAACCAGGGCAGCCUGAACUGGAGGCAGAAGACUGGGAUGGACCAGGAGAGUUGGAGGUGUUUCAGAAAGAUGGGGAACGAAGAAUUCAAAGUCGGCAGCAACUUCCAGUGGGAACAACCUGGGGUCCCUUCUCUGGGAAGAUGGACUUGAACAAUAACUCUUUGAAGACAAAGGCUCAGGUCCCUAUGGUACUAACUGCUGGUCCCAAGUGGCUACUGGAUGUGACUUGGCAAGGAGUGGAAGACAACAAAAACAACUGCAUUGUGUACAGCAAAGGGGGUCAGCUUUGGUGCACAACGACGAAGGCCAUCUCUGAGGGUGAAGAGCUAAUUGCCUUUGUGGUGGAUUUUGACUCAAGGCUACAAACUGCCAGUCAGAUGACUCUUACAGAAGGGAUGUACCCUGCUCGCCUGCUGGACUCCAUUCAGCUGCUUCCUCAGCAAGCUGCCAUGGCUUCUAUUUUGCCUACAGCUAUUGUCAAUAAAGACAUAUUCCCUUGCAAGUCUUGUGGCAUCUGGUAUCGGAGUGAGCGAAACCUGCAAGCCCAUUUGAUGUACUACUGCAGUGGCCGGCAGAGAGAAGUUGUUCCAGUGUCAGAAGAAAAUGAAGACAGUGCUGCUCCUCAGAUUUCUAGCCUGUGCCCUUUCCCACAGUGUACCAAGAGCUUUUCCAAUGCCAGAGCUCUAGAAAUGCAUCUAAAUUCACACAGUGGAGUGAAAAUGGAAGAAUUCCUCCCCCCUGGAGCUAGCCUCAAAUGCACCGUCUGUAGCUAUUCUGCUGAUUCCGUCAUCAGCUUUCACCAACACCUGUUCUCCCAUCUCACUCAAGCUGCCUUCCGAUGCAAUCACUGCCACUUCGGCUUCCAAACUCAGAGGGAGUUAUUGCAACACCAGGAGUUGCAUGUUCCUGGUGGCAAGCUUCCCAGAGAAAGUGACAUGGACCACUCUCCUAGCACAACUGAAGACAACCUACAGCCAGCUGUGGACUUGAUGACCAGAAACGAACUCCCCUCGAGCCAAAAGGCCAUGCAGACUAAAGAUGCCAGCUCUGACACAGAGCUGGACAAGUGUGAGAAGAAGACUCAACUUUUUCUCACUAAUCAGAGACCAGAGAUACAACCUACUCCUAACAAACAGAGUUUUUCGUACACGAAAAUAAAGUCAGAGCCCUCUAGUCCAAGACUUGCAUCAUCUCCAGUUCAGCCGAAUGUUGGGCCAUCUUUUCCCAUGGGCCCUUUCCUGUCUCAGUUUGCUUUCCCUCAAGAUAUCACAAUGGUUCCCCAAGCUUCAGAGAUCUUAGCCAAGAUGUCUGAACUGGUACAUCGGCGACUGAGGCAUGGAAGUAGUAGCUACCCACCUGUAAUUUACAGCCCCUUGAUGCCCAAGGGGGCUACCUGUUUCGAGUGUAACAUAACGUUCAAUAAUUUGGAUAAUUAUCUGGUACACAAAAAGCAUUACUGCAGCAGCCGAUGGCAACAGAUGGCAAAGUCCCCAGAGUUCCCUGGUGUUUCAGAAAAGAUGCCUGAGGCUGUAAGUCCCAACACUGGCCAGACUUCUAUAAACCUUCUCAACCCCACCCCUCACUCUGCUGAUCCUGAGAAUCCGCUUCUACAAACACCCUGCAUCAAUUCUUCUACUGUCUUAGAUUUGAUUGGGCCAAAUGGGAAGGGCCACGAUAAGGACUUUUCCACUCCAGCUAAGAAGCUCCCCACUUCCAAUAGCAAUGAGGAUAAAAUGAAUGGCAAACCUGUUGAUGUGAAAAAUCCCACCGUCCCCAUAGUGGAUGGGGAAAGUGACCCAAAUAAGACCACCUGCGAAGCUUGCAACAUUACCUUCAGCCGGCAUGAAACGUACAUGGUCCACAAACAGUAUUAUUGUGCUACCCGCCAUGACCCUCCACUGAAGAGAUCAGCUUCCAACAAAGUGCCUGCCAUGCAGAGAACAAUGCGCACACGCAAGCGGAGGAAGAUGUACGAAAUGUGCCUACCGGAACAAGAACAGAGGCCUCCUCUGGUCCAGCAGCGUUUUCUUGAUGUGGCCAACCUCAGCAAUCCUUGUACCUCCACUCAAGAACCCACAGAAGCACUAGCUGAGUGCUACCACCCACGGUGUGAUAUCUUUCCAGGAGGAGUUGUCUCCAAGCACUUGGAAACAUCUCUUACUAUCAACAAGUGUGUUCCAGCUUCCAAAUGUGACAGCACGCAUGCCAGUCUCUCCUGCCUAGAGAUGGACGUGCCCAUGGAUCUCAGCAAAAAGUGCUUGUCCCAGUCCGAGCGGAUGACCACGUCUCCCAAGAGGCUGCUGGACUACCAUGAGUGUACUGUGUGCAAGAUCAGUUUCAACAAGGUAGAAAACUACCUGGCUCAUAAGCAGAAUUUCUGCCCAGUCACUGCUCACCAGCGUAAUGACCUGGGCCAACUCGACAGCAAAGCCUUUCCAAACCCAGAAAGUGAACGGAACAGCCCUGAUGUCAGCUAUGAACGAAGCAUAAUAAAGUGUGAGAAAAAUGGAAACCUCAAACAGCCUUCCCCCAAUGGAAACUUAUUCUCAUCCCACUUAGCCACUCUUCAAGGCCUGAAAGUCUUCAGUGAAGCAGAUCAGCUCAUUGCUACAAAAGAAGAAAACAAACAUUUGUUUCUCCCACAAUGCCUUUACCCUGGAGCAAUAAAAAAGGCAAAAGGAGCCGAUCAGCUCUCUCCAUAUUAUGGGAUAAAACCAAGUGAUUAUAUUUCUGGUUCUCUUGUCAUCCAUAAUGCUGACAUGGAGCAAAGUACAAAUGCAGAAAAUGACUCUCCAAAAGGCCAGGCUUCCUCAAAUGGCUGUGCUGUGCCGAAGAAAGAUUCCCUGCCCUUGUUGCCCAAAAACCGAGGCAUGGUCAUAGUUAAUGGGGGACUGAAACCAGAUGAGAGACCUGCAGCCAACCCACAGCAAGAGAAUGUUUCCCAGAAUUCUCAGCAUGAAGAUGAACAGAAAUCUCCAUCUUGGAUGGCUGAGAACCCCUUAGCUGCCAAUGAGAAUGUCUCACCAGGAAUUCCCUCCGCGGAGGAACAGUUGUCUAGCACAGCAAAGGGUGUGAAUGGCUCCACCCAGGCUCCAACCAGUGGGAAAUACUGCCGCCUGUGUGAUAUCCAGUUCAACAACCUUUCAAACUUUAUCACUCACAAGAAGUUUUAUUGUUCAUCACAUGCUGCGGAACAUGUCAAGUGAAGUAACUGCACAAAGGAACAGCAGUCACCUUUGGUACCAGUGUUUAGUAUGUUUGUUCCACUCAGUCCAGAUGUGCAAAAGUGAAAGCAGUUUGAAGUACAUCUGGGCAAUCAGGAGCUGAUUCAUUAUGGCUGAGUUGAAGACUUAAGGUGUAAUUUCAUUACAGUCCAUUAGUAAAGUGUAUUAUUGGUGCCAUUUUCAAAAAAAAAAUUAAUUUAUUUUACCAGCAGUAUUCAUAGCUGUGGUUAUGUUAUUUUUUAUUUAAAAACUUUAUAUUAAAGUCAUUUGUAAUGUUAUUGUAUAGUUCUUGUGUAGCACAUAUGGUUUGCACUGUAUAGUAGCUUUUAAAGAAAAUAGUCACAAACAAUACAGGAGAGCAUUUUAGACAUAGCUUCAAAAGCACCUGUGUAUCUUGAUUUCUUAUGAUAUGCUGUUGCAGAUAUAUGUAUAUGCUAAAAUAUAACUUGCAAAGAUGUUCUAAAUACACAUGUUAUAAGUUCGCCUUAAGAUUUUAAUUCUUGGAUAAUCAGGCUCUGUUUGCACUUUAUAUUUUAGCAGAUACAGUCUCUUAGUCACUAGGCUUUGCAUUUGUAUGUAGCUGGAUGUUUCUGUCCAUUUUCUUAAUCUUAAACAGGUAUGUUAAACGAAGAUGGCGUUUUCUUUCCUGUAUAGUACUUGUAUUUCUUUUCGCGGAUGCAGCUGUCUCAAUUUUUAAACCUUUGCUGUUAAAUGCAAUACUUUAUAAAGAAUGAACAACAACAACAAAAAAAAUUACUGGAAGCAGUAUUGUCAGUAAUGAGGUUGCAUACAUCAGUUUUAUCUUUUGAAAGGCACAGUCUAAAUCAAAACCCUAAACUCAAUGCUGCAAGUAUGAAUUUAAUUCAUAUAGAAGAUCUAUUUAAAUAUGAGUAGCAAUACUGCACCUGGUGAUCACAAAGAUAAUGUUCUACUUCUGAUAGAAAUAAUUUCUCAACAAAUGUUGUUACUAUGCAUGUAUAUGGAUGGAAUAAAAUUCCAGAUUGUUGGAGAAA